AUGCCUCUUGUCGCUGCCGCGGUCCUGCCUCACGGCGAUUUCGCCUUUGAUCCGUCGCUCCUCUCCAACCCCACCUCUCGUGCCGCCGCCGACGGCCUUCACCGAGGCUCGCUGCUCGCCGGCCGGCUGCUGGCCGACGCUGCGCCCGAUGCGAUCGUGCUCACUACACCUCACGGGCUUCAGACAAGCUGGGACGUCGGAAUCUAUCAGAACGCGGCGCUACAGGGCGUCGCGACCGUGGGCCGAGACCUCCAGGAGUCAUUUGGCCCCGCCAGCCCUCGCAAGCUUUACCCGGUCUCGCUCGACGGCCAAACGGACGCCGGGCUUGCACAGCAGAUCAUGGACGUCCUCUCCGCGAGGCACAACGUGACUCUGCAGCGUGGCUGGAACGGAGUCCUGCCCAUGCCACUCCACUGGGGCGAAGUGCUCGCCCUCAGCUACGUGGCAAAUGCCUCCGCUGCCCACUGCUUGCCGCCUCUCGUCACGCUCGGUCUCCCGCUGUCGCGGUACAACCUCUCGUCUGCCGUCGCGACCGGCUUCCUCCAGCUCGGCCGCGACCUCGGCCGCCUUCUCGAGGCGUCCAGCAAGCGGGCGACCUCUCCCGCCUCGUCGCGAGCAAGACCCUUCCUUGAGCCUUCUCGGAACCUUCUCGAAACCUGUCCCUCUGUCUACUCGUGCGGAUGGCUCGGCCUCCCGAUGCUGCACGGGGCGCUCGAGGCGGCGGCGGAGGCCGAGGUGAGGAAGGCCGGACAGGGCGGGAAGUGGUGGCCCCUCAACGCCUCCUGGGCGGCGACUCUCACGGCCGCUCCUGCGCACCCGACCUACUACGGCAUGAUGGCGGCGGUCUUCCAGCGGCGGCGGCGCGACGCCUUCGUCUGCCCGGCGAACACCCACCGCUGUGCCGACGGGCUCGCGGCCCUUGCGGCGGGAGAAGGCGCGCUGCCGCUGCACCGCCUCGCGCUGCCGGCUGCGCCGCCGGGCCAGCCGCUCCUCUUCCCGUACUACUCCAACCUCGGGCCGGUGGGACACCAUGCGGCGGCCUCGGCGGAGGUCGCUCUCAUCGUGCAGCACGGCUCCGGGCGCAACGCCGACGACUACUUUUGCUCGGGCGUGCAGGCAGCGGCGAUGGCCGGGCUGGGCGGCGGCCGCGCGCUCGUGCUGGCGCCUCGCUUCAUGGAGCCGGCGGACGGACCACCGCCCUCCGUGGUUUGGUGGAACGGCACCUUCCCGGAGGGAUGCUGGCGCUGCGGCCGCUCCACCGUCUCGAGCUUUGCGGUGCUCGACGCGCUGCUGGACGCGCUCGGCGCGGCAAAGACGAGCGGCGCCCUCCCAUCGCUGCGCCGCGUCGUGCUCGCGGGCCACUCGUCGGGCGGCCAGAUCGUGCAGCGCCACGCCAUCUUCUCGCGCGUGCCGCCGCGCCCGCAGCCCUUCGCCGUGCGACACGUCGCCGCCAACCCGUCCUCGUACGCCUACUUCGGGCCCGAGCGGUGGCGCGGCGGCCGGCUCGCGCUGCCCGACGCGGCGGCGCGAGUGCGCUGCCCCGACUACGACAGCUGGCACUGGGGGCUCGCGUCGCGGCUGCCGCCGUUUGCAGCCUCGACUCCGGGCGGCACGAACGCCGCUCUCGCCCUCUUCGCGGCUCGGGACGUCGUCUACCUGCAAGGCCGCAACGACACGUGCGACUGCAACCCGACGACCGCCGGCUGCGGCUGCCUCUCGCACGGGCUCGAGACAACGUGCGCGGAUGAGCUCAUGGGGCGCUUCCGGCUGAUGCGCGGCCGCCUCUACUACGCGCAGCUGCAGGCGCACUUCAACGCCUCGCCGGCUGUGCACUCGAUGGUCGAGGUGCCCAAUGUCGGACACGACCACACGCUCAUGUGGCAGUCGACCCAAGGGCUCGACGCCAUCUUUCGGUGGUGAUAUUAAUUACAGGAAAUACUGUCGCGGGAGAGACCACCCGAGACCCGUGGCGCGGGGCGGGGGGCGGGGGGCGCGCAGAGUGCAGUUUUCUUUGAAACGGCGCGGGGCAGCACACACGCGC